CAAGAAGUGCUAUAAAAUGCUGUAGGACGGAGGCGCAGGCUGAAGCGAGUGUGCGCGAUGCAGAUCUUUGUGAAGACCCUCACGGGGAAGACGAUAACCCUAGAAGUCGAGAGCAGCGACACUAUCGACAAUGUUAAGGCGAAGAUUCAAGACAAGGAAGGCAUUCCGCCUGACCAGCAGAGGCUGAUCUUUGCCGGUAAGCAGCUCGAGGAUGGACGAACCCUCGCGGACUACAACAUCCAAAAAGAGUCUACUCUGCAUCUGGUGCUGAGGCUGAGGGGUGGAAUCAUCGAGCCCUCUCUUAUGGCUCUUGCUAGGAAAUACAACCAAGAGAAGAUGAUCUGCAGAAAGUGCUAUGCACGUUUGCAUCCGAGGGCUGUAAACUGCCGGAAGAAAAAAUGUGGCCACAGCAAUCAGCUGAGGCCUAAGAAGAAGAUCAAGUAAAUUAUGCGAUUCAAAUUUCUUUUCCCAAGCUGAAUUGCCGUAUCAAAAAAUUCUACACCUUCGCGUUGAUUAAACUUACUGCGCUUCUGCUGUUGUAACCUUGUCAAACGGUUAACUAAGUUGGUGCUCGUUUGGAUGACUAUUUGUUGGCAUUAUGUUUUGAAACAAAUUUGACUAAGUUAAAAUGGUGGACUAGGAGUUUUAUUUUGGAGGAUUAAUGAGACAAUCUAGCAUUUUUAGAUUCACAUAAA